ACACCACAGUCUACAUUGUUGACGUGCAUAGCAAAUGAAGACUACUAGUCUUUUUGCAUGUAUUACUGCUUUGCUCAUCAUUCUAUGUUUUAGAGGUUCCAAUGGCCAACUCAGUUCAACAUUCUAUGCCACGUCAUGUCCCUCUGCAUUGAGUACAGUUAAGGCUGCUGUUACUGCAGCUGUGGCAAAAGAGAAACGAAUGGCUGCAUCCUUGCUCCGCCUUCACUUUCAUGAUUGUUUUGUAAAUGGAUGUGAUGGAUCCAUACUGUUGAACGAUACCUCCACAUUCACUGGAGAAAAGACCGCCGGACCAAAUGCAAAUUCUGUGAGAGGGUACGAAGUGAUAGACACCAUUAAAAGUCGGUUAGAAGCUGUUUGCAGUGGAGUUGUGUCUUGCGCAGAUAUUGUAACCAUUGCUGCUCGUGAUUCAGUUGUACUUUUGGGAGGGCCAACAUGGACAGUACCGUUGGGAAGAAGAGACUCAACUACUGCAAGCUUAAGUACUGCCAAUAGCAAUCUGCCUUCUCCUUCCUCAGAUUUAAGUACACUUAUCUCUGCAUUUCAAGCACAAGGUCUUUCUACUAAGGAUAUGAUUGCUCUUUCAGGUGCUCACACAAUUGGUCAAGCAAGAUGCACCGUCUUCAGAUCUCGCAUCUUCAAUGAUACCAAUAUCGAUUCUGCAUUUGCCACCUCUGUUAAGGCGAAUUGUCCAAGCAAUGGUGGUGAUGCCAAUCUCUCACCUUUAGACCUUGUCACUCCCACUGUCUUUGACAAUAAUUAUUACAAAAAUCUGAGAAGCAAGAAAGGGCUCCUUCACUCUGAUCAAGCACUAUUUAAUGGAGGUUCUACGGAUGCCAUGGUCACUACCUAUAGUACAAAUCCAACCACUUUUUUCAGUGAUUUUGCAACAGCUAUGGUGAAUAUGGGGAACAUCAGUCCUCUCACAGGCACCAGCGGAGAAGUACGAACAGACUGUAGGAAAACUAACUGAGAUAUCAAAAACAUCUUUAGAAAGAACGCGACACAAGAUCGCAAGAUAUUGUGUGCAUGAUUUGAAAGGCUGUCUUUAAUAAUUUGUACUACUUCGUCUUAUUAAUACUUUUUGGCAAAACAAACGCCAAAACAAAGUAAUAUGUAUCUAUGGUUUAAGAAGAAAAACCAGCGUGAGAGUUUGGUAACGCCCACGGUCUUCUGUUUUAAAAAAAGGUAGUAACUCGCUCUGGAGAUUGUCAAAUAUUUAUAUCUAAAAAAUAUAUUUUCUAAGUUUCAAUCUUUCAUUUC